UCCAUUUCCUGUCAGGCUGACAAAACAACAAAGAUGGUUUGUGAGAAAUGUCAAAAAAAGCUGGGAAAAGUCAUCACUCCAGAUCCAUGGAAAAGUGGAGCAAGAAAUACAACAGAGGGUGGUGGUCGUAAAGUGGGUGAAAAUAAAGCUUUAACAGCAAAGAAAAACAGAUUUUCACCAUAUGCUACCUUUGAGAAAUGUCGUAUCUGUAAAUCUUCUGUUCAUCAGUCUGGAUCACACUACUGUCAAGGAUGUGCUUAUAAGAAAGGUAUCUGUGCAAUGUGUGGAAAGAAGAUUAUCGAGACCAAAAACUAUCGCCAGACAUCGGUGUGAUUAUAAAAAUGGAGGUUAAUAUGAUUCUAAGAGACAAGGAACUAAUGCCAGACAUCAGUGACAGAGUGAUUAUAAAAUGGAGGUUAAUAUGAUUCUUAGAGACAAGGAACUAAUGCCAGACAUUGGUGUGAUUAUAAAAAUGGUAACAGGCAUGCUAUGAAGAAUUGUUGCCAGAGAUCAAUGUAUUGUAAUAUUGGAAGACACACAUUAUUUGUUGACAAAGAAGUAUCUCCAGAGGUCAACAUGAUCUAAGAAUGGUGACAAACAUAUUUUGAUAACAAAUGACUACUGCCUGAUAUCAGUGUUAUUUUCAGACUUUAGAGUGUACAGAGUACUGAUUAUUGGAUUGGGCAGAACUUCUUGAUUGACAUUGGUUAUAUCUGGCUAAUGUUGUCUUUAAUCAGUUCACACAAUAAUUUAUUGGCAAUCUUCAUUCCCAUAAAUUCUAUUAAAAUAGAAUAAGAAUCUGUAUAUUACAGAUAUACAAAACAAGUGUGUAAAAUCUGAUUAGUUUGCAACACAGUUUUAAACACAAUUUUGAAUUCUAUCUGAAUGAGCAAAUGUGUGAUUAUGUAUUAAUUGUUGUAGAGGUCUGUGAUCAAUUGUUUCGACCUGUAGCCUAUAAACAUUUGUAAAUUAUUUAUGUAAACUUAGAGCGUAUUCAUAAUUAUGUAGAUAUCUUCUGUACAAUAAUGGUUUGCACAGGACAACUCUACUCAAACAGUUUUGAAGAGGUUACAAGAGGUUACCGGUAUAUUCAAGGAAGUGAUCGGAUCUGUUUUCAAAUACAUGUGCAUAAUUUUUGUCCAUGAAAUCUUCAGAAAAAAAAUCUUGAAAUCUUGAAAUGGCAGCAGUGGUGUGUUACUGAUAGCUUCAUUGAUUUCAGAGAAAGAAACUAAAUUUCAGUUGUAUUCGUAUGAUGGCAUCAGUGCUUAAAAAGGAAAAAAUAUGAAAUUUUAACCAAUUCAAGUUUGAGUUGACGGGUAUUUUAAGAUAACAUCCUUAAAUUAUUCCAUGGUAAUCAAAAGACAUUGAUUAAUAAAAGUCCUGACAUUUGUUGGGACUCUCUUUCAUACCAGUAGUAGCUAUUUAUAAGCAUUAAUAAGUAAUUUAAUGCUCUUUGUUAUGUCAUCAUUUUCAUCAAAAUUUGAGAUGAAAAUACCGAUAGUAUUGCAUUUUAACUGUAAAUACCAAUUUGAUAAAUAUUUUAUAUAAGAUGUAUGUAAGUGUGUAUGCCGAUUCUCUGAGAGGAUGUGUAUGUUGAUGUGGAUACAUGUAGUUGUGUGUUGAAAAGAAACAGAAAAAAUUGACAUUUUUGUUAUUGAUGGUUAUUCAUAACCUUUAGAAUACUGGUGUUUAAAAAAAUAAACAAAACUUCAAGUGUAUUUAUGUGA